AUGACGCCACUUAAAAGCAACAUCGCGUCUUCAGUAGAUCCUCAGUGCACUCUCCUCAGUCACCUCUCUUCAGCAGUAAGCUGCUUAGUCUUGAAAGAUGGCUCGCAUCUGAUUGGGUCCACAGGUCUUCCUAACAUGCAAUUCAUCAAGACCGUUGCUUUCGCCGUUGCCUUCGUUGCCGCCAUCGUCGGUGCGUCCGAGCUCAUGGAAGACGGCAAGCCUUGCCCCAAGGCGGGAAGCUUGUGCACUUUAUCUAACCCGAAGGCCUGCUGCGCCGGCCUCACUUGUACUGCUGCAAGCGGAGGCACUAGCGUUGCGGUACGUGGCAGUCAUCAUGCUACUUAUCCUCUACUUACGCUUGAUUACUCCUAG